AUGUAUCUGGCUUACAAGUAUGCGAAGAAGAGGUAUAGGGCGCACCAGGAGGCCAAGCUAGCAGACCCAACGGCCUCGCACACAACCCCAUCUGCUCCAAACGGAACGCAACCGGACGAUACAAGAGGCCUAACGGCUUCAUCUGACGAGCCUGGCGUCCCCACUCCCUACGAUCCCUCUCCUCUAGCUGCAACGCCAGGUCACACCAACCCAGAUGACGCAAAAACCAAAGAAACACCCGAAGAACUGGCCGAGAAGAAACGCCGGCGCAAAUACCGGCUCAGAAUCAUCCUCGGCUUGUUCCUCCCCUUUACUCUUCAAGCACUUGACACAACCAUCAUCGCAUCGGCGCUCAAAUUCAUCGCCGUCGAUUUCAACGAGAUUAAACAACUCAACUGGAUCAUCACGGCCUUCAACCUGACCUCGGCCGCCUUCCUGCCCAUCUUCGCCCAACUAGCCGACGUCUUCGGGCGGCACGCCACGCUGCAAACCGCGCUGGUCAUCAUCACCCUCGGCUCCGCGCUCUGCACCGCCGCGCCGACCUCGGCCUUCCCCCUGCUGCUGUUCGGCCGCGCCCUGCAGGGCGUCGGCGCCGCGGGCAUCAACAUCUGCGUGCGCACCAUCCUGGCCGAUAAGGUCUCGCUGGGGGAGUACGCCAAGAAUUGGACGACCUUUGCGUUGGUGUCCGGGGUGAGUUUCGGGUUGGGCCCCGUGGCGGGCGGGUAUUUGACGGGGGUUAGUUGGCGGUGGUGUUUUGCGAUUAAUUUGCCCGUGGCGGUGGUGGGGAUUGCGUUGGUGGUGGUGUUGUUAAGGGGAAGGUUGAUUGGGGCGUUGGCGAUUGAGGAGGUGACGGGGCGGGGGUGGGGCGCGGAGGAGGAUGGGUAUCGGGGGAGGAAGAGGGAUCCGGGCACGCCGCUGGGGCGAUUUUUGGCGAGGUUGGCGACGGUGGACUUUGGGGGGCAGUUGUUGUUUUUGUGGGGGCUGGGGUUGUUGGUGUUGGGGUUUACGUGGGCGGGGAGUACGUAUGCCUGGGACUCGGCCGCCGUGUUGGUGACGCUGGUGGUUGGGGCCGUGUUGACGGUUGCGUGGUUGGUGUAUGAGUGGGCGAUGGUGCCGGGAAGGGUGAUGUCGAGGGUCUUUCCGAUGCAGACGGCUAUGAUGCCGUGGCAGCUGCUGAUGCAGAAGGAUGUUGGCUUGAUGAUGGGUAUCAACUUCGCCAACGGCGCCGCCAUGUUCGCCAUCAUGUACUACAUGGACCUGUACUUCACUCUGGUCUUGGGGCAUGGCGCUAGCGAGGCUGGUAUUGCGCUGCUUUAUUUUCUCCCUGGGCUGGGCGCUGGCGUCUAUGCCACCAUGUUUUUCAUCAACGUUUGGCCCCGGCAAACCGUCCCCGUCUUAUUUCUCGGGACUAUCAGCUCUGCUGUCGGUAUCACGGUGGUGUCCUGGGCUUGCUAUACCGAAUACGUCAACCUGAUCUACGGCAUGAUGGCCCUGGCUGGUUUUGGUGUCGGAGUGACGACCAACCCAGGGACGCUCCAUGCCCUCGCUUACUUUCCCGGAAUGACGGCGCCCAUCACCUGCCUGGCAUCGUUCGCGAAUCCGUUCGGCGGCACGAUCACCAUCACCAUCAUGUCGACGGUUUUCAACAACCGAAGCGGAGUCAACCACGAAGACCCCAAGUCUGGAAUCUACUGGGCAUUUAUUGCCGUGAUCCCCAUCAUGUGGUUGUCGGUUAUCAUCACCACCUUUUUGGGCAACGUGUGGCUUGGAAAGGAGGGAACCCACCAGGUCGUGCAUGGUUUCUGGUUUUGGAACUUGCUCAGGGGCAAACGGCUGGAGAAGGUGACUAUGGCCAGAAUGGAGGACUCGGGACCUGCCGGUGGGAAUGGAGAUAUUGGCAUGAAGACUGUCCCUCGUCACACGGCAGAGCAGCAAAGAGACACAGGGGGUGAUGGGGUGAGAUACCAAUCGGCUUGA